AUGAUGGCCACAGGAGAGGUCAUCUUCAACGCGCAGCCGCAGAAGGCCAGGGUGGCGAUCAGUUGCUCCAACCAGAGGUCGAGGGUCUACUGCCUCGUCCUCUACGUGGCUCAAGGCCCCACUCUCAUCACCCGCAUCGCCCCACAGCUCUACCUGACGGUGAUUGAAGAGGGCUGGGUGCUGGUGAAGGACCCCUUGCGCCACCCAUACACCCUGCAGUUUGGAACGCAGAAGGAGGCGGAGGAGUUCUGCAAGCACGUUCUGGUCGCCAAGAUGGCGUCCAAGGCUCCCCACGAACCCAAGACCGUGCAGAGCAUCGACCUCAAGCCCGGCCAGCCCGCGAUGGUGGCGGAGCAUCAGGAUCAGGCCACGGUCCUCCUGACGUGCUGGCUGGUGGACUCGCACCACCACCACACGAUUGCCGCGACGCCGCACUGGACCUCGGUCGGCGCGCAGCCCGCCAGUGGCCGGUCGGCGGCCAGGGGCAUCAGCGACGACCACGACGAGCCCCUGGGCGUGGUCACGAUCAACGUCAAGAAGCUGCGGCUCGGCGAGUCGGCGCUCGGGAUGCGCGAUGGCCUGCUUGGCAUGCGGCUGAAGGGGACGCGGCUGCUGGUCCUCGAAACCUCCGCAAGUGAACCCGGCAGCUCCACGUCCCUCAAAUCCGUGCUCGGCCUGCCGUCCGGGCGCAUCUGCGUUUUCAAGAAGAAGGAAAAGGAAAAGGAGAAGGAGCAGCACCCGCGCGACAAGGCUCGGCCGUCGAAAAACGAUGACAGGCAGAUGGGCGAGCUCAAGGCCGAGGUACGCGGGCUCGAGGCCAAGCUGCGGAUCGCGCAGGACACCGUGGACAAGAUGAUGGGUCGCAAGCUGGAGCGGUCGAGCGUGGAGGAGCUGGCCUCGCUGGAGGAGAUCCUACUCACAAGCUACCGGCUGGUCAUUGCCCAGAAGGUGAGGCUCGAGCUGAAGGAAGAAGAAAAGAAGAAGCAGCAGAACAAGCUCGGGACGCAGGAGUGCGUACUGUGCUUGGACAAGGCGAGGAAUGCGGUGCUGGUGCCGUGCGGCCAUGCGUGCUGCUGCCUUGGGUGCGCCAAGAAGUUGACCAGCUGCCCGCUGUGCAGGAAGGAGAUCACCGACAAACUCGCCAUCUACCUGUAG